AGUUGAGCAAUUGCCACACUUAAUAUCCAAAUUUGCAAUUUACUCUUCACGGGACUUAAAGUUACUUCCGUCAGCUAAAUUCAACAGGUAUAUGCGUGGUUGAAUACGAAGAAACACAGGGAGAUAAAAUUGAAGAAAAUUAACAGAGCAGAUCUGUGUUGAAGCUAAAGAGAACGGGCGGUUUUGCUGUCCAAUCGGCGCGUUGUACGACAUAGGAUUUGAUGAUGUUGAAGAUUUUGCCCGUUCUGCUCAAGUGCAUUGCUUACUAUUUCUGCGGUGCAAUUUUUUUGCAUAAUGUUGAUUAGUUGAAAUUUAAGCUGUUGGUGGACCAGCAACCAUCAAAAUUUAGCAGAUUGUUAAAAUUCGUGAAUGACAUAAGUUGAAAUUGAGUGGUUGGAGGGUAUUUGUUCAGUGAAGAUGGACACAGGUGGGUCACUGUUAUCGCAAAUGUUGCUUGAGACAAUGACACCAGUUGUGAUGGUGCUUCCAACACCCUUAGCAGAAAAAGCCUUCCGAAAGAACAAUUUGAAUUUAGUUCAAAUUUUGCACCCAUUCUGUAUCUGUGAUAAAAUUGAUGUUCCAGUACGUACUGCAAGUGAUCAACCUUACAGAUUGCAGAAGUUUAAGUUACGGUUGUUUUAUGCUUCCGAAAUUUGCCAGCCACCUGUUCAGUCUGCAGAAGACCAUCUAACACAAGUUGUGGAAAAUGCAAGUGACAAAGCUUUUGCUGAGAUACAAGAAAAUCCCCAAGAACUUGAAGUUGUUCGGAAAAUGGCAGAUUCAGAGUCUCUCUCAUCAUGGCUUCAGGUAUACAACAAGGAAUUUAUUCACACACUCUCAUUUUCAGAGCACGAAGCAUUUGAUCACCCUGUUGCAUGUCUUCUGCUUGUAUCUUCGAAGGACGAAAAUCCUGUUAAUAAAUUUGUAGACCUCUUCAAUACAAAUCAGCUUCCAUCUCUUUUAAAUGAAGGUGCAAUGGAUCCAAAGAUAUUGAAGCAUUAUGUGUUAAUACACGACAAUCAGGAUGCGCCAGCAGACAAGGCAAAUGAAAUUUUACAGGAAAUGAAGGCAACUUUUGGACCAAAUGAUUGCAAGCUUCUCACUAUUAAUUCUUUGCAAAUGGAUGAAGACCACUUGCCAGAAGAUAUCUGGUCGCCUUUUAUUUCUCCAUCUUUGGUAAGAAACUCCAUGUCAGAUAAUAUUCUAGGCCAUUUUCUUAACAAAAAAGACUUGGAAGAGAUGAAUGAAUUCAUGCAAGAACUAUCUGUAAAACAUAUUAUCCCAUACAUGGAGCAGAAAAUACGUUCCUUAAAUCAACAGGUUUUGGCAACAAGAAGGGGAUUGAAGAAUCAGAUUAAAAAUCUCUGGUGGCGUAAGGGGAAAGAUGAUACCUCUGAUGUCUCAAAUGGCCCGUUGUACACAUUCAGCUCAAUAGAGUCUCAGAUUAGAGUAUUGGGAGACUAUGCCUUCAUGCUGCAUGAUUAUGAGCUUGCAUUGGCAAAUUAUCGAUUGCUAUCCAGUGAUUACAAAAUUGAUAAGGCUUGGAAGCGUUAUGCUGGUGUCCAGGAGAUGAUUGGUUUUUCACUAUUUAUGCUGGACCAAUCCAGAAAAGAGGCCGAGUAUUCUAUGGAAACCGCUUUUGCUGCCUAUCAGAAAACAGGCAUCCCGGGACAGAGAUAUGCCACAAGAUGUGCUCUUUGGUGGGCAGAAAUGCAUAAGGCAAGGGGACAGUUCAAGGAUGCUGCAAAUAUAUAUUUACGUACAUCAAGUGAGGAACCAAAUUUGCGUGCAGGUGUAUUGCUAGAGCAGGCAGCCUAUUGCUUUCUGCGUGCAAAACCAUCCAUGCUGAGGAAAUUUGGAUUCCAUCUGGUGCUUGCUGGAAAUCGGUACAAUAUAUGUGGCCAGAGAAAGCAUGCUGUUCGGGCAUAUAUGAGUGUUAUUUCUGUGUUUGACGGCAAUGGAUGGAAAUAUAUUGGAGACCAUGUUCAUUUCAAUCUUGGAAGGUGGUAUGCCAUUCUGGGUAAAGCUGACCUGGCAAUUGAGCAUUUCAUGAGUUUACUUCCAUGUAGUCAUCAACCAACAGUAACACAAGAAACAUUUCUGAAGGACUUCCUUCAAAUCUUUCAGAGCCUGGGUAAGAGGGAUGAAAUGCUUAAACUGGACUUGCCUAUUAUCAAUAUGCAAUCACUGCAAGUACAUUUUCAGGAUCAUCGCACAUAUGCCUCUCCUGAAGCUGCUGUCUUACCAGAAAAAAUCUGGCAAACUUUGGAGGAAGGACUUGUUCCAUCAAUGCCUUCAGCAAUGACCAACUGGCUGGAAUCUGCUACCAAGUCUUCUUCAAUAUCUGGAAAAGGAAAAGAUAGGAAUGUCUGUAUUGCAGGAGAAAUGAUAGAUGUGGAGCUUGAAUUCAAGAAUCCUCUUGAGAUCCCCCUCAAUAUUUCUUCUGUUUCCCUCAUAUGUAACUAUGUUCCUGAAACAAUGACAAACAGAGUUGAUUGUGAUGAUGUUAUGCAUGAAAGUGAAGACAUAUCUGAACAUGCCCUGGCUAAUCAAGAAGCAAGAAGUAUCACAGCAAAUGAGAACACAAUUGAUCGUGAUACAUGCUCACUGAUUUUAUCUGAGGAGGCAUUUACUCUCAAAGGAGGCCAAUCUAUGGUGGUUCAUUUGAAAGCCACUCCAAAAAAGGAAGGUUUCCUCGACAUAGUUGGUGUGAAGUGGUUGUUGUCAGGUACUGUAAUGGUGCGAUGUGAUUUUGUGUCCGAGAUACCGAUGAAGAAGAGGACGAAAGGCAGGAUUAAGGAUUCUAUGGAGCAUCCACAUAAAUGUUUAAAUUUUUCUGUACUACAGCCUUUGCCUAGGCUUGAGGGUACAAUACAUCAAAUGCCAACCAGAACCAGUGUUGGAGAACUUAGACGUUUAGUAUUGGAGCUAUCAAAUCGAUCAGCCACAACAAUAAAGGAUACAAAAUUGAAGAUUAACCAUCCACGUUUUCUCAUUGUUGGAAAUCUGGAAGAUCUUGAUGCUGAAUUUCCUUUUUGUCUAGAAACCCAACAAAAUGAUAAAAUUGAUGCAAUACGUGGCAAUGGAAAUGAUUCAGACAUCAUGACCAAUUCUAGCAACUUCAUUUUCACUUUUCCAAAGGAUUUCAAAAUUGAAGGGGGAUCCACAAUCUUAUGGCCUCUUUGGUUACAUACUGGCGAGGCAGGCAAUGUAUCUUUGAACAUAUCAAUCUACUAUGAAACAGAAAAAGCAUUGGAACAAAUGACUUAUCGCACACUGCGAAUGCAUUAUGAUGUACAGGUUGUUCCAUCAUUGGAUUUAUCUGUGCACAUCAUUCCCUGCCCUUCAAAGCUGCAGGAAUUCCUUUUACGGCUUGAUAUUCUUAACCAAAAUAAUUCUGAGAGCUUUUGGCUUCGUCAAAUAUCUUCUGUUGGAAUGCAGUGGAAACUUGCCUCUUUACAGCCAUCUUCAUUUGAUAUAAAUGCAUGUGAUAACAAUUCUGAAUUAAGUGCACCGAACACUGCUUACCUGUCGGCAUCUGUUUGCCCCUCACAACUUUUACCUCCAGGCCAGGCGCUGUCUCUUUUCUUCAAGCUUAUGGAUUCCAGUAAAUCCUUAGCUCCCCAAGCUUCAGGUUCUAUGAACUUCCAGCAAUUUAGCAGUGAUGUAAGACUUGGUCCUCCUAGCAGCAGUGAACCAUUGAUUGAUAUUGCUUCUGGACCUCUUUCAAAAUUCCAUCGUGAAGAAAGAAUAGCUCAAAAGAAGCUAAGGCAGGAUUCCAGUUAUUCUGAUACACCAGAAGUCCAGGUUCAAGAAUAUGGAGUUGUUGACUUAAUUCUAACUGCAGAGCAGCAAGACGAAGCUGGUAGUUUCAGAUUAGACAAUAUGUCAGAUAUCCAGCGUAUCACUUCUCAUCAUAUCUGUAAUUGCAGUGUCGCAAGUCAUUGCCCAAUUUGGUGGAUAAUGGAGGGUCCCAAGAGUGUCCUCCACGACUUCUCUUCAGUUACAUUCUGUGAGAUAAAAUUUUAUUUGAGUAUCAGGAAUUGUUCAAAUGAGAGUAUUUCGAUUAAAAUUGAAACUUCUGACAACAGACCAAAAUUAAGCCAGGCAAGUGAAUCAGUUCAAGCUUCAGCUAUGCAAACUCAAAGUGGUUGGCAUGAUGUAUCUUUAGAAACUGAUGGCAUGGGAAAAGCCAUCUCAGAUCCAGUACAAGGCCCUUCUAUCAUAUCAUCAAAUGAACUCUCUGAGUUCCAGACGCUUGUUCCUUGCUGUCCAUUCAUGUGGUGCUCAUUAAGUUCUACAAAUAUCAAAGAACUAGGGUCAUGGUUGUCGGUUACUGUUCCCCUAUCAAUAUCUGUGUUUGCCCCAGGAAUUUAUGAUCUAUCAAAUUACAGGCUAAUAUGGAAAUUACAUCCAGACAUUAAUGGUCUUUCUACAAAACUUGGAGCUGGAUCUAUGCUUUCUGCAAAUAGAUUUGAUAGCUUUCAUCAUCCAUUACCAAAUAUACAGAAUGAGAUGGAAACAGCAUCUUCUGGAGUAGCAAUGGGACAUCCUUUUCUUUUGACUGUAUUGCAAUCAUCCUAAUUGCAGGUUAUGUGAUUGUGCAAGGCCAAUCUAUUGGAUUUACUUGUGCAGCACAGAGAAAGUGAUUUCAGUUGUCUAUUUUCAUUCUGAACUUGUUCUUUGUAAUCUAUGCCCAUCAAUUUUUGCAAAUAUUUAAUUCUGAGAUUUAAGUCCAUUAUUUAAAUUUUUAA